AAAGAUUCCAUGAUCACCUCUUAUUUUAGAGCUAGGGUUAAUCAUCAUUGGCCGGAACAUGUCGACUGAUAAGAGAAGCUGAAGUCAGCGGAGCCUUCGAUAAGUUGUGAAAAUAUCGAGGCAGAUAAAGACUGAGCAGAAUACUCAUUAGUAUUAAUAAACAAUUGUCGCAGCAAUCUCUGCUAACGAUUGCCAAAUGAGAAAAUGAGCAGAUAAUUCCUCGCCAAUGCGAGUACAUAAAAGGCGAAGCCACGUCCAAUCAACACCGCAUUUGACGGAUUCCCAACUAAAGUACUCAUCCUACAGAAAUGGAUAAUCUCUUAUUGGUUUUAAGUCUGCUUUUGGGCACCACCAUUGUUUCGGGAAUCGCCUAUCCAGAUAUAGCCUUAGUCUGCAGAAUUCUCGGUGUCUGGCAAAUUCUGCCUCAUGAGCACAAUUGCCAACGAUUCUUUGUUUGCACCGGAGACGAAGAGCUACCCUUCCAGGAGUUUAGUUGUCCGGCGGAGUAUCAUUUUAGCAGGAAGCUGAUGAUUUGUGUUCCUGGAUCCUGCUCCGAUGAAUCCUUGUUUUGUGGACUAGCCAACAGUGUACAGCGAGUUAAAGGCGAUUGCAUGCGAUACAGACAAUGCCUGGAGGAUGGAGCAUUCGCUGUGGCCAAGUGUUCCGCAGGAAGCUACUUCGAUCCGGGUCAGAGAGCCUGUCUUCCCGUGGCCAUAACUGCAGAGCAUCAGUGCAGCUGUGUGCUGCCGGAUAAUGCCACCCUUUCCAAUCCCGGCGAUUGUGAGACAUAUUUCCGCUGUCACUCUGGGCAGGCUGAGCUGGUGCAGUGUCCAUCGGGAGAUUACUUCGACGAGAAAGUGGGUAGCUGCCUGCCGGAUCACACGGGCAUUUGCCUAGAGAAGCCCACAAUGCCACCGACGCUGACGGAACAGGCUCUUGCUCUAGACGAGUGCAUUCGGACGGGCAGCCGCCUGGCGCCGCACAGUCGUGAUUGCCAGCGGUACUACGUGUGUGCCAGGAAGCGGGUGCUGGAGAUGCGCUGUCCCCGGGGUCAGUACUUUGACGCUGUUCAGCGAUACUGUAGCCUUGAUUUGGGGAACGACUGCCAGAGAGAGCGGGUGGAGAAAGCAAAGCAGGAGUCGGAACCGGAGAAAGAAGUGGCCGAGCUGAACAUCCCCGCCAAAAAUAAAGUAAAGAUUGAGGUGCACCAUCCGGUACAGAAGAAUUUAGAAAAAGAAGUGGUUCAACUGAAAAAACCGCAGACGGAUUCCAAUGCCAAAUUGCCGCAGUCUCCUUUGGAGACAGUCAGCAGCUACGACAAGUUCUCGUCGAAAUUCAUUUCAUUUUAAGCGAUUGUUUUAAGCGAUCAAUCUAAUAAAUAAAGCAUUGACUAACUUCUACAAAGUAA